UGGGGAAGAUUAAACAGCAAGAGAAGCAGCCGCUGGGGUAUUGGAGUCCUAUCUGGCCUUGCCGUGGUCUGGCUUUUACUCUGAAGCUGCUUGUUAAUUACAGUUAUGCAAAGUUCUGAAUCCUGCCGGAACAGAAAGUGAAAGCAGAAAUAAGUUCCCCUCCAUUCAAAUCUGCAACGACGUGGAUUGAGGUAACACAGCAACAUUUCUCUUGAAUCUGUCUUAAAAUCCUCAUCUUUCAGUGAAAAUAAUGACCUGAACUGAAGAUUAAAUCUGUUUAUUGAAACAUAUUGUUCGGAUCCUGAAUGACCUAACUGGAGCCAACACGGUGCUAUGGAGGACUAUUAGAUUUAGCCUGAACAUUUGUCUUCCGGAAAAUUGAUUUAGUAUUCUAUUCCUCUGUCAUGGCUAAUUCAUGCAGAAAAUUAAUAUUUAAUAUUUACAUAGUAUUUUACUGCUCAGCAGUCAUCAUGCCCCAAAUAUGUAUUUGUUCUCAGUUCACAAGUUCACCUAUUGAUCAGUUCAAUAAGGACCCCAAGGCUUUUCCAGUAGCCACCAAUGGGGAAAUAUUUCCUUGGCAUGAGCUAAGGCUCCCCACUGUGGUCAUUCCCCUCCACUAUGACCUUCUCAUUCACCCAAAUCUCACCUCCCUGGACUUUGUUGCAUCCGAGAAGAUUGAAGUCUUGGUUCGAGAUGCUACCCAGUUCAUCAUCUUGCACAGCAAAGAUCUUGAAAUCGUAAAUGCCUCUCUUCAGUCAGAGGAGGAUGUGAGAUACAGGAAACCAGGGGAAAGCCUAACUGUUUUGAGUUAUCCUGCUCAUCAGCAAAUUGCCCUGCUGGUUCCAGAGAAACUUAGGGCUGACCUGAGAUACUCUGUGGCUAUUGACUUCCAGGCCAAGCUAGCUGAUGGUUUUGAAGGCUUUUAUAAAAGCACGUACAGAACUCUUGGUGGUGAAACAAGAACGAUUGCAGUAACGGAUUUUGAGCCAACCGAGGCACGAAUGGCUUUCCCUUGCUUUGAUGAACCAUUGUUCAAAGCCAACUUUUCAAUCAAGAUAAGAAGAGAAAGCAGACAUAUUGCCCUCUCCAACAUGCCAAAGGUUAAGACGAUUGAACUUGAAGGAGGCCUCUUGGAAGAUCAUUUUGAAACUACUGUAAGAAUGAGUACCUACCUUGUAGCCUACAUAGUUUGUGAUUUCACCUCUGUGAGUGGUACAGCCUCAUCAGGGGUCAAGGUGUCCGUCUAUGCAUCUCCAGACAAAUGGAGUCAAACACAUUAUGCUUUGGAAGCAUCACUGAAGCUGCUGGACUUUUAUGAAAAUUACUUUGAUAUCCACUAUCCACUCCCCAAACUGGAUCUCGUUGCCAUUCCUGACUUUGCAAGUGGAGCCAUGGAAAACUGGGGCCUCAUCACGUACAGAGAGACGUCGCUGCUCUUUGACCCCAAGACCUCUUCUACUUCUGAUAAACUAUGGGUCACCGAGGUCAUAGCACAUGAACUAGCACACCAGUGGUUUGGAAACCUGGUUACAAUGGAAUGGUGGAAUGAUAUUUGGCUCAAGGAAGGUUUUGCAAGAUACAUGGAACUUAUCUCUCUCAACAUCACAUAUCCAGAGCUACAGUUUGAUGACAGUUUUUCGAACACGUGUUUUGAAGUAAUUAAAAGAGAUUCAUUAAAUUCAUCCCAUCCUAUCUCCAAUCAAGCAAAAACUGCUACUCAAAUAAAGGAAAUGUUUGAUGCUGUUUCGUACAACAAGGGAGCUUGUAUUUUGAAUAUGCUCAAGGAUUUUCUGAGUGAGGAGACAUUCAGGAAAGGAAUUAUUCACUACUUAAAGAAGUUCACCUAUAGAAAUGCGAAGAAUGAUGAUUUGUGGCACAGUCUGUCAAAUAAUUGUUUAGAAGGUGAUUCCACAUCGGGUGGAUUUUGUUAUUCUGAUUCCAAGAAGACAAGCAGCACACUUGCAUUUCUGCGGGAAAAUGUAGAGCUCAAGGAGAUGAUGGCCACAUGGACUCUGCAGAAAGGCAUCCCCCUCGUGGUGGUUAAACGAGAAGGGCGUUCCCUCAGACUGCAGCAGGAGCGCUUCUUGUCUGGGGUUUUCAAAGAGGACCCCGAAUGGGGGACUCUGCAGGAAAGGUACCUUUGGCAUAUCCCAGUGACCUACUCCACGAGUUCCUCUCAUGUGAUUCACAGACACAUUCUGAAACUGAAGACAGAUACUGUGGAUUUAUCUGAGAAGACCGACUGGGUGAAAUUCAACGUGGACUCCAAUGGCUACUACAUCGUUCAUUAUGAGGGACAAGGAUGGGACGAGCUCAUUAUGUUGUUGAAUCAGAACCACACACUUCUCAGGCCAAAGGACAGACUAGGUCUGAUUCACGAUGCGUUUCAGCUAGUAAGUGCAGGAAGGCUGACCCUAGACAAAGCCCUUGACCUGACUCGCUACCUCCAACAUGAAACAAGCAUUCCCGCGCUUCUCAAAGGUCUGGAAUACCUAGAAUUGUUUUACCGCAUGGUGGAAAGAAGGAACAUUUCAGAUGUCACUGAAAAUCUCAAGCAUUACCUUCUCCAGUAUUUUAAGCCAGUGAUUGACACGCAAAGCUGGCUUGACGAGGGCUCUGUCUGGGACAGAAUGCUUCGCUCCACUGUCUUGAAGCUGGCCUGUUACCUGAACCAUGCUCCUUGCAUCCAGAAGGCAACUGAACUCUUCUCUCAGUGGAUGGAAUCCAGUGGAAAAUUAAAUAUCCCAACAGAUGUUUUAGCGAUCGUGUAUUCCGUGGGGGCUCAAACAACAGCAGGAUGGAAUUACCUUUUGCAGCAAUAUCAACUGUCAUUGUCGGGUGCUGAAAAAAACAAAAUUCUGUAUGCAUUGUCAACCAGCAAACAUCAGCAAAAGUUAAUGAAGUUAAUUGAACUAGGAAUGGAAGGAAAGGUUAUCAAGACACAGGACUUGGCAACUCUUCUUUUUACGACUGCCAGAAAUCCCAAGGGGCAGCAACUAGCCUGGAACUUUGUAAAAGAAAACUGGACCCAUCUUCUUAAAAAAUUUGAGUUGGGCUCAUUCUCCAUAAGAAUGAUCAUCUCUGGUACAACAUCUCAUUUUUCUUCCAAGGAUGAGUUGCAGGAGGUGAAACUGUUCUUUGAAUCUCUUAAGGCCCAAGGAUCACACCUAGAUAUAUUUCAAAUUAUUCUGGAAACCAUAUCCAAAAAUAUAAAGUGGCUGGAGAAGAACCUUCCCACCUUGAGGAAAUGGCUACUGACUAGUAUUUAAAUGGUCAACAGAAACAGCACAUCAGAUGCUGUGUCUAUAGGAAGUGGGCGGAGCUCAAGCCAGUGUUCCAGAUAGUUUAACCUGUAAAGAGCCUCAAGAAGUCAGCCCACAGAGCUGCCUGUGCUCAGCUGUCACUUCUAGCUGACAGACAUAUGAUGCUGGGAUGGAGCCCCAGUAGCCUAUUUUAAAGUAAACCUCCUGAAUAAUGGAGAUAUGUGGAGAUAUAUAUAGAAAUAGCUGCUGCAACAGACUGUCUACACUGCCCCACUUUAGGCAACUACUCUUUUGCUUCUUUGAUGCUUUUUAAGCCUUGCAUAGUAUCCUGGAGUUUUCCCAACCAGGUUACUUCCAAGGAAACAUAACCAGUCUGCAAAAAAAAAAACAAAAAACCUUCUUUCACAUCUUUCCAUCUCCUCACCCUUCUUUCUCAGCUCAGCCUGAAUAGUUUAUUUAUUUUUUAUCAUUCAUGUAAAAUCUCAAAUUAUGAAGCAUAUGGAUCAGGAAAACAUGCUGCUGCUACUGCUGCUAAGUCGCUUCAGUCGUGUCCGACUCUGUGCGACCCCAUAGAUGGCAGCCCACCAGGCUCCGCCACCCCUGGGAUUCUCCAGGCAAGAACACUGGAGUGGGUU